CGUUGAUUGAUUGAUUGUUGCGUGAUGGGUAUAAAACACUGGACCAAGUAUGUCUACCAGUGACCUAGGCAGUGCCUAUCCAUUCUCUCUACACAAACAACGUACACUCGCUGCGUAAUACACAGCAACUAAUAUUAUCACAAUGUUGUUCCACGCCCUCCCCAUUCUGGCACUGGUGGCAAUCACUGCUGCCGCCCCGCCAUGUACAACCACGAGUUCCUACCCGGCCAGCUCGUCAACACCGGUAACGGAUGACUGCAGCACUCGCACCGUCUGCGUGGACUACAUAAAUGACUGCGGCCUGUGGUACGGCGGAUGUUUUGCGGACUGCGCGCCGUGGCCUACGUUCACGGCACCGCCUUGCACGGGGACUAGUAGUGUUCCAUCCGGACCGGUGACAACCCCGGCGAUCUCGACACAACAGACGACAUUGCCGUGCUCUUCGACUUUGUGUGUGGAUUAUUUGAAAACUUGUGGGACAACGGCUGUAUUGACUUAUGGAGGGUGAGUCCAUCUCUAAUUAAUAAAUUCUCGGAAAGUUUGAUGCUUAUAUAUUAUGUAAUUCAAUGGUAUGGAGACUGACAGUUUGCAGAUGUUACCCGGCUUGUUCUCCG